AUGACUUCUUUUCAACUACAGAAGGAUUUUCCAUCUACUCUUAUUGAAUCAUCACCCGAGUUAAGUUUAAAUGCUAUCCACUUCAGUAAUCAGAUACUUAUUCAAAUUCGUCUCGAUAGCGAAUUAGACUCCGCAUAUGAAGUGACCGAGCAAGGGUUAGCUGAAAUGGAGGGAGUUAACUCAGAAUUGGGUUACACAAACAAUGUAGAAGAAUCUAAUGAUGAUACUCAAUUAGCAAAUGACGAUCUAUCAACCUACCAUAUCGUUGGUAAACUUGGCGAUCCAGAUAACUCUAAAUUAAAGGUAGUAUGUUCCCAAAUUGCCAAAUUGUAUAAUACUGUCAUUAUACCGAAUUUGGGCAUGGAGAAGUGUCCCAUACUGAUAUCAAUCAGCAGCAAGCUUUGGAGAACGCAAAAUGAGGCAACCCACGCUAAUGAUUUCGGUAAACUUGUAUUUCUGUUGGGGAGUAUUAAAGAGAUGUAUACUAUAUAG